GGUCUGCUGCGGAGAGGGUGGGCCCCUCUCCGCAGCAGUGGCUAGGGGACUGACCCGUUUGCCCACGGACCCCAGACGGAGACCCUGGAGGGGAUGCCAGUGAGUGCAGGUGUCCAGCUCGCUUAGGCGUGCAGGAGAAGCGCAGGUGACCUUGUGAAAGCUAUGCCAAUGCCUUUCAUUCAGACAUGAGGAAUUCCUGAUUUGUGGAAAGUACCUGCCCAGAAAUCAUGGAUUGUUUAACAACUGUAGCAGGAGCCAAAGAACACUCCAUUCUUGAGGAACAGCAAAACAAGGCGCUAACUCUUGAAUAUUGGCAACAAAAAUGGGAGAUGCACAAUAUUGGAUUUCAUCAAGAACAUGGAAAUAAAUUAUUAAGAAAACACAUGAAUACAUUUCUUAAUGGAAGAAAUGGACUCAGGGUAUUUUUCCCUCUUUGUGGAAAAGCAGUUGAAAUGAAAUGGUUUUCUGACCUGGGUCACAGUGUAGUUGGAGUAGAAAUCAGUGAACUGGCUAUACAGGAAUUUUUUACUGAGCAGAAUCUGUCUUAUUUAGAAGAAUCAGUUGAAGGAAUUUCAGAAGCCAAAGUAUUUAAGAGUUCAUCAGGGAAUAUCACUUUAUAUUGCUGCAAUAUUUUUGACCUUCCCAGAGCCAAUAUUGGCAGAUUUGACAGAAUUUGGGAUAGAGGAGCCUUAGUUGCUAUUAAUCCAGGUGAUCGAGAAUGCUAUGCCAAAUUAAUGUUGUCUCUAAUGGAAAAAGAUUUUCAAUAUCUCCUGGCUACUCUUUCAUAUGAUCCAACUAAAUAUUCAGGCCCACCAUUUUAUGUUUCUGACUGUGAAGUUAAACAUUUGUUUGAUUCAACAUGUAAUAUUCAGUGUCUUGAGAAGGUUGAUGCUUUGGAAGAAAGACAUAAAAAAUGGGGAAUUGAUUACUUUAUUGAGAUUUUAUAUCUCAUUACAGAAAAAUAAAUAAAAAUUAAAGCUGUAUAAGAUUUGAUAAUAUAUGUGAAAUCUUACAUGGUCUUUACCUUCUUCAGCUUUUAGAAAUAACUUUAUGUCAAGAAAAUGUAAUCAACAUCUUUGAAAGUUUUUUUUUUUUUGAACUCUCAUUAUAUACCCCUUACAGUAUCCAUUGGAAUAUGCAUGUAACUUCAAGAAAUUUAUAAUGGGGCUACUAUUUUAUUACAAUUAUGAUGAUUCCAAAGUUGAGAUUGAGUAUUUUAAUUUGAGCAAAAUUUAGAAAUAAAAAAUUACUCAUCA